CCUACUAAGUUGGCAUUUCGAGAUUAUAAAAGGCUUGUAGUUACCCCCACGACACCUCAGUGUCGUGCAAAACAUACAACAAAAUGAUAUUGAUUAAAAUCGCACCAAUUUUUGCCGUUUUGGCUAUAUCUUUAGCUCAAGAUUAUCAAUACGAUGCUCCGGUUCGAUCAGCACCAUCAAGGUUGGAAUCAUCUGGACCAAAACCGACGCCUGUCCCAAUUUUGAAACAAAUUAACCGGCAUAACGAAGAUGGUUCCUAUACUUAUGGUUACGAAGGUGCUGAUGGUUCCUUCAAAAUUGAAACAAAACUUCCAACUGGUGAAGUAAAAGGAAAAUAUGGCUAUGUUGACGAUACUGGAAAAGUCCGAGUGGUCGAAUAUGGUGCCACCAAAUACGGUUUUGAACCAGCCGGUGAAGGAAUUACCGUAGCUCCCCCCACGUUAGUCGAUGAAACUACUAACAAAGAUGGUUCAACUAAACCCGAGUACACCGCUGAAUUCUACGACCCAGAACCAGCACCUGCUCCACGUCCCGCUCCUCGUCCAGCACCACGCCCAGCUCCACGUCCAGCUCCAUCACCAUCUUACGAUUCUUACUCUCCACCCCAACAAUUCGAACCCGCCCCACAAAGACCAAUUCCUCAAAGACCACAAAUUUCGGGAGCAGCUCCAGCUCCUUUAAGACCAUCAGCUUCGUUUAGUUUCGGGGAUGAUUUCGACACGAGACCACUUCCAAAGAUUUCUUACGCCCAACCAGCUCCAGCUCCGAAACCGGCACCUACAAGAUUCUCGUUUGAUGACGAUGCGUUUUCAAGACCAGCUCCAGCUCCGGUUCAAAAACAAAGUUUUUCUUUUGAUGAACCAAGAUUUGCACCUCAAACACGACCUGCACCUCAACCACAAUUCGCACCAGCUCCAGCUCCAGCUCAAGCACCAAGACCAAUUGCGAGACCUGCAACGGCCGUAAGAAGUAGCGGAGGAAUUUUGGACCAAUUAGCUAAGGAUUAUGCCCUUCCAAAUGGAGGUGGAGCACCUUUACACGAUAUUAGUUUUGGAUAUUAUUAAUUUAUACUUUUUUUGGUAAUCCUUUAACGAUUAAAUUUUUAAUCGAAAUUUUAUUUUAAAUCUUAAGUUAAAGGAUUCGAUGGUUGUUGGGUUAUUUAAAAAAAAUUUGUGUGAAUUUUAGGUUGAACAAGUUAAUUUCUUCUUUUAAAUCUCAAAUCUUAUAUUUUCUCUUUUUCUAUCAUUAAAAAAUACUUAUUUUAACCUAAAGUUCAAAACUGAUUAUUUUUUUUUAAAUUCAACAACUUUUCGUUCCUAGUCCUCAAUGCAGGCGAAUCAAAAUUCUUUUUAUAUAAAAUUCAUUCCUAAAUUAGACUGUAAAUAUUGUCCAAGUUUUCAAUUAAUUAAUUUACGAAAUCUUUAUCGAUAAGGAAAUAAAAAUAAUAAAUAUAAAAUAAAUUUGAAUUGAUUAAAGUGUGAUCUUGUGUGUUGUAUUUAUGCGGUUUUUAAUAAAUGGAAAGAAAAUAAAAUAA